GUGAGGGCGGGCUGGAAGGGGAGACGUGGGAACACUUGGGCGCAGUAGGCGGGAGAAGAGAGGAGGUGGCGGGGUGACCUGAGCGGGGGCUGCCCCGGCUUCAGACUCUUGUCCCUGCGUCCCCUUGGCUUUUGCGCCUCGUAAGUCCCCUCUGAGGUCGGAACCUGAGAGCCGCCCUGCCCUGGAGGAGACACCUGUUCUAACCUCGCCCAGGUGCUGCUGGAGCGGUAUUGAAGCAGCUUUUGGACUCCGAGUAACCUUUGCGAUUUGUGCUGAAAAUAGAGCCAAUUCACGCUGAAAAUAGAGCCAUUUUCCUAUGGGGUCCCGGCCUUUUCAUGUUCUUACUAUAGCAGAAGUAGUAGAUGUGAACUCUACAGAGACAAUUUUCUCUACUCUGUAAUCUAUAAGAAUUUUCAUCCAAGGACAAAGCUGAUUUUGGAAAACUUGUAUAGACUUUAUUGCAUAGACUUUAUUGGUCAAGCAUCCCUAAACUGAAAAUUCAAAAUCUGCUGCUCCAGGAUUCAACAUCUAGAUGUGCUGUUUUUCAACCCUAAUCUUUUCACCAAGAAUGAAACUAUUUAAAAAUUAAGAUGCCAACAGAUCACGAGGAGCCCUGUGGUCCCAGUCACAGGUCAUUUUGCCUGAAUGGGGGGAUUUGUUAUGUGAUACCUACUAUUCCCAGCCCAUUUUGUAGGUGUGUUGAAAAUUACACAGGAGCACGUUGUGAAGAGGUUUUUCUUCCAAGCUCCAGCAUCCAAACCAAAAGUAACCUGUUCACAGCUUUUGUGGCAUUGGCUGUUCUGGUCACUCUCACCAUUACGGCUCUCUACUUCCUUUGCAGGAAGGGCCACCUCCAGAGAGCAAGCUCGGCUCAGUGUGAUGUCAACCUGGGGGAAAUGAGCAGAACCAGUGCCCAGCACAGUCAUGGAAGACACUGAAGAAAUGUCAGCAUGAACCAAGCAUGCUUUCAUCUUACAAAGGCAGAAAGUGAAGUACUAUAAGGUUUCUACUGUUCUGUGAACAAACUUGACCAUUUCAAGAGCAACAGGCAUCAGUUACAAAAUCAUCUAGGUACAUUCUACAACAAAGACAUGAAAGAAAAAGGUGGCUGAAA